AUGGGAUUCUAUUCGUCGUACUUCACCUAUGGCUUUCCAUCUUUCCUCGCGGUCGUAAUAGCCCUCUACCUACUCUUUACCGGAUCUGGAGAAGCGUUCAAUGUCGGUCGCUUCCUGGAGGAGACUAGCCCGUAUGCGUGGGCAUCGACAGGGGUGGGUCUGUGCAUAGGACUGAGCGUGCUCGGGGCAGGAUGGGGGAUCUUUGUGACGGGCUCUUCGAUCCUUGGUGGUGGUGUCAGAGCACCGCGGAUACGGACCAAGAACCUCAUCAGCAUCAUCUUCUGUGAAGUCGUGGCCAUCUACGGAGUUAUUAUUGGCAUCGUGUACUCAGCCAAGAUCACAAGUGUCCCCGAGUUGCAGCUCUACACCCGGGAGAAUUACUUCACAGGCGAGCGCUUCGCUCUCUUCUGGGGCGGCCUCACGGUAGGAGCGUGCAACUUGCUGUGCGGUGUCUGUGUGGGCAUCACCGGUUCCACCGCUGCAUUAGCAGAUGCUGCUGACCCGGACCUCUUCGUGAAGAUUCUGAUCGUCGAGGUAUUCGGUAGCAUCCUGGGACUCUUCGGACUCAUCGUUGGAUUGCUUAUGAUAGGCAGUGCAGGAGAAUUUACCGCUGCCGCCUCUGCUGCUGUUGUGUCACCUUACGUCACUGUACAUUGAAACAGCGUAUUUCUAAGUCUGCGAAGCAUUCAGCCCCACACCUUCCUUCCACCGUUCAGCAAAACACUAUGGUUAUGUCUGUAUCCGGGCAGAUGUAUGACAGGCAUGC